CCACCACCCCCGAUAAAUUUAUACCCCAAGCUCAACCUGCCUCUCCAGAGCCUCAAAUCCUUGACGAAGAGAAGAGACACAAUGGUCCACUCCAACGGUCCCCGCGACCCAAUCGCCGGCCCCUCCACCGUCGAGCCACCCUUUCCCAUCAAGCUUCGAGGCCCAGUCAUCAAAGGCUUCGGGCGAGGCAGCAAGGAGCUCGGCAUCCCCACCGCCAACAUCCCGCUCUCCGGCCUCAGCGUCGGCGGCCACGACAACCUCACCUCGGGCGUCUACUACGGCUACGCCUCGCUCGACCACUCCACAAUCCCGCUGCACACAACCGCGACCUCUAUCCCCUCCGCCGACCCCUCUAACCCCCUCGCCCCCAUCCCCAGCAAGUCCUCCAACCACGCCGUCGCCGACCUGGAAGAGCCGCCCACACAGCCCCCAUCUCGUCCCUUGACACCUUCCCACGCCAAACCCCUGAAGAUAUACCCCACAGUGCUAAGUAUAGGGUAUAAUCCGUACUACAAGAAUCCCACGCGGUCGAUCGAGAUUCAUCUACUGCAUAGCUUCAGGGAGGACUUUUACGGCGCGACACUGAGCUUGGUGAUUCUGGGAUAUAUAAGGCCGGAGUAUGAUUAUGUGAGUAAGGAGGCCUUAGUGGAGGAUAUUAGAGAGGAUGUACGCGUUGCACAGAGGAGUCUGGACCGAGAGGGGUAUAGGAAAUGGCAGGAUGACCGGUGGUUGUACGGAGAGGGAGAGGGCAAGAGCGAAAACGGGGAGGCGGUGCUGCCGGGAAAACAAGGGGGAGCGGGACAGAAGGAUGAGGUGGCGAUGUGUAUGAUGGAGAAUUGA